GCAAAGGCAAAACUGUCUGAGAUGCCACGCUGCAACGUGCAGGAUGGAACCUGGUUCUAAAUCAAUGGUUCCGCAAUCUCUAGCUAGCGCUAAUAUCAUAUUUAUCCUGGGAGGAACCGGCGCUGGUAAAGGCACUCAAUGUGCAAAGCUCGCAACAGAUCCCCCUGUGGUGCACCUGUGUGUCGGAGACCUCGUCCGGGCUGAACGGGAGCGUUGUUCACCUGGUGCCGGGCAAUUGAUCGAGAAGUGCAUGCGCGAGGGCACCGUGGUUCCUUUGGAACUAGUGAUAGGACUCCUGAAAGCAGCCGUCGUCGGGCAUGUUGAAGCCGGCCAAAUGAAUAUCCUUUGUGGACAACUUCCCACGGGAUAUGCAGCAAGCAGCGGCCUUCGAAGCGCAGGUGCCUAUAAUCCGAUCUUUGUACCCUGGCAGACCCUCCGUCUAACUAGCCGGGGAAAGACUUCAGGCAGAGUGGAUGACAAUGAGGUCUCCCUUCGGAAAAGGAUGACAGAUUUCAACGAAAGGACCAUACCUGUUAUCGAGCAUCUGAAGCGGUUGAUCGAGUUAAUAGCGGUGGACUGCGAGCGCGGAAUUGAUGAAUUAUAUCCAUCGAUAAAGCAACUGGUAGAGGCUCUGUUACUUUGGGACCGGAUGGGGUUGUGCUCUAGCUCAAACGCCAUGGGUUCGCAAGGCCUAUAUCAUUUUCUUUCAAGAAAGAACCAUUAGAGGGAGCAACAUAGUCUUGGAGAGGAUGCAGAGGUAGUUCUGGACCCUUGGGCUACGAUCACCCUUUCGGAUCCUUUAUUCCAUUUCGAAAGUCCCCAGUGUGCUGAAGAGGAAUUUUAUUUCAGCCGUGAGCCAGGCUCAAAACCGGUUAAAUAUCUCCUUGUUACCGGGAUCCCUAGGGUCGCGGCGCUGUACAUUCCCAGCCAUCUUCACAAAAAUGAUUCCAGGGAGAGUUUCGGGCAAGACAAACCUUCUCUUCCAGAGAGCUCAGAGUA